UUGACGUAUGAUGGUUUCGAUCGCUCGAACGCUAACAACCACCAAAAUCCCCACAAACCUAAGCAUCAUCCCUAAACUGCAAUUUCCUCAUUCUAAUCGUCAACGAUCUCAAGAAACUCUCAAGUUCCAGCAAACAAAAAUCUUGGAAUCACAACUAGUCUCUCUCCUCGAUUCUUCCAACAAUCUCAACCAAACCAAACAAAUUCAUGCCCAUAUCAUCCGUAAAGGCCUUGAUCAAUGCUGCUACGUGAUUACGAAGCUAGUUCGUGUCUUGAAUGCUAAAUUCGACGUCCCUAUGGACUUAUACCCCCGCCGUGCGUUUCAACAAGUGAAGCACCCAAACCCGUUUUUGUAUACGGCUUUGAUUCGGGGUUACGCUGUGCAAGGACCUUUUAUGGAGUCUGUGAUGUUGUAUAAUUUGAUGAGACGACAAGGGAUUGGUCCUGUUUCGUUUACUAUUACAGCUUUGUUGAAAGCUUGUAGUGGUGCUGGUGGGGUCACUUUGGGAAUGCAGAUUCAUGGACAGGUUAUAAGUCUUGGUGGGUUUACUUCUGAUUUGUAUGUGGGCAAUACUUUGAUCGAUAUGUACGUGAGAUGCCAGUUGUUGGAUAGUGCUCGUCAAGUGUUUGAUGAAAUGCCUGAAAGAGAUGUAAUUUCAUGGACAUCGUUAAUUGUUGCUUAUGCGAGAAAUGGGAACAUGGAAGAAGCAGGCGAGUUGUUCGAUAGAUUGCCUGUGAAGGACAUGGUAGCAUGGACAGCAAUGAUCAUGGGGUUUUCACAGAAUGCCAAGCCUAAGGAAGCUCUGGAGCACUUCGAUAGAAUGCUAGAGGCCCGGGUUGAAACAGAUGAGGUCACGCUGGCUAGUGUCAUUUCAGCUUGUGCUCAAUUCGGUGCAACCAAGUAUGCCAAAUGGGUUCGUGAUGUUGCCGAGAGGGCUGGUUUUGGACCUUCAAAUAACGUCGUCAUUGGGUCUGCACUAAUUGACAUGUACUCAAAAUGUGGAAGCAUUGAGGAAGCAUUCGAUGUGUUCAAUACAAUGACCGAAAAGAACGUUUACUCUUACAGUUCAAUGAUUCUUGGAUUCGCAAUGCACGGGUGUGCACAAGAAGCAAUCAACUUAUUUGAAAAGAUGGUGAAAACGGAUGUAAAACCUAAUAAAGUAACAUUCUUGGGAGUUCUUACUGCUUGUAGCCAUGCCGGUUUAGUACACCAAGGUCGAACCUUUUUCGCAGCCAUGGAAAAAGACUACGGUGUAACCCGAACCCAAGACCACUACACAUGUAUGGUGGAUCUUCUUGGAAGGGACGGACUCAUUUCCGACGCCUACAAUCUCAUCAAAACCAUGCCCAUUUCACCUCACGCUGGUGUCUGGGGCGCCUUGCUUGGUGCUUGCCGUAUCCAUGGAAAUGCCGACAUAGCCGAGACAGCCGCAACCCAUUUAUUCGAACUGGAACCGAAUGCCGUAGGAAACUAUAUACUUCUCUCAAACACCUACGCUUCUGCACGAAGAUGGAACGAUGUUUCAAGAAUUCGAGCAUUGUUUAGAUCAAAGGGUCUGAAGAAGAACCCUGCAAGCAGUUGGAUAGAAGGGGCAAAAGGGGCGAUUCACGAGUUUCUUGCAGGCGAUAUGAGUCAUCCACAGACGUCCGAGAUCAAGAAGGAGUUGGAGGAUCUUUUGUGUAGAUUAAGGUUAGAUGGGUAUAUGCCUAUUUUGAGUUGUGUACCAUAUGAUGUGGGUGAUGAUGAGAAGAUGAAGAUAUUAUGGGGGCAUAGUGAAAAGCUUGCAUUGGGUUAUGGAUUGUUGGGUGAUUGCAGGAGGAUUAGGAUCGUGAAGAAUGUAAGAAUAUGUGAAGAUUGUCAUGUGGUUAUGUGUGGGGCUUCCAAGAUUAGUGGUAGGGAGAUUGUUGUUAGGGAUAAUUCCAGAUUUCAUCAUUUUCGUAAUGGUGUAUGUACCUGUAACAAUUUUUGGUGA